UCUCUUCCUCCUCCCUUCCACGCCUCCUCCCUCCGUCUCCUUUGUCCUUCAUUUUCUCUUCAUUUUCUUUCAAGGCAGGGCCUUCAGUUCCUUCAAGUCAGCUAGUCUAUCCGAGCGUCGUCGCCACAUCUUCAUUCCUUCAUCGUCCUCUUUCGCUACAUAUUCACGACAAUCCUCGCUCUCUCUGUCAAUAUGCAGCUCGGUCUUGGUCUUACUUCGCUUCUGGCAAGCCUCGUCGUCGCCAUCUCUGCACCAGAGUUGGUUGAUGCUGCUCCUCUCAACCGCAUUGCCCCUGUCAGCCGUCGUGCUCCUGGUGGCAUGGUCACCAUGCCCUUGAAGCGCAUUCAGCAGAGGGAUGAUCUCCACCCCCAGCUCCUUCUCCAACAGCACAUCAAUAGGUCUCACCGUCGUUUGGCUCGCAUGACUGGCCGGGACGAACCCACGAAGCGUGACCUCGAGAACGCCAUCGCCAAGCGUAUGUACCACAUCGAGAAGCGUGGCGAGUCCAUCGAGGCCCGUUUCAACCGCAACGGCUUUAGCAGCUCUGACCUCAAGGCUAAUGCGAAGAAGGGUGCCGUCGCUGCUGCCAAAGGCAAGAAGAAGGGCAAGGGUGCUGCUGCUGCCGCCGGUGCAGGUGCCGGAGCCGCUGCUGGUGCCGGUGCUGCUGCUGCUGCUGGCUCCAAUGCAAGCGCUACCGCCACCGCAUCUGCUGCCGCAGGUUCUGGCACUGGCAUUUCGCAAAUCGAUGUCGACGCGGAGACCAACGGUGGUUUGACCGCAGCCAACACCCCCACGGGCAACAACAGUCUUGGUCUUGACAUUGAGGCCAACGACGUUGGUUACAUUGCGACCGUUCAGAUGGGUACACCCGCGACGGACUUCAAGUUGCUCAUGGACUCUGGCUCUGCCGAUCUCUGGGUUGGCUCCGCCGAUGGAUGCCAGUCGAGUGCUGGUGGUGACUGCGGAAACCACACUUUCCUCGGCACAGCCUCCUCUUCUUCCUUCGUGAACACGAACACGGCUUGGCAGAUCACUUAUGGCUCCGGUGCCGUUUCUGGUGAUAUCGUCACCGACAACCUUGUUGUCGCUGGCCUCAGUCUCAACGCUCACACAUUCGGUGUUGCCACUGAGGAAACCCAGGACUUCUCCGACGACUCUGUUCCUUUCGACGGUCUCAUGGGUCUCGCGCAGAGCACCCUUUCCGAGCAACAGACACCCACCCCCGUUGAAUCACUUGCUUCUGCCGGCCUCAUUGACUCCGCCACAACUUCCUUCAAGAUCUCUCGUCUCGCCGAUCAGGCAAACGAUGGUGAAAUCACUUUCGGUGGUCUCGACUCGUCCAAGUUCGACGCCUCUACGCUCACUACGAUCGCAAACGUCAACACCGAAGGUUUCUGGGAGGCAGCCGUUGACUCAUUCAGCGCUGACGGUCAAGAUCUCGGACUUACUGGCCGCACUGCCAUCCUCGACACCGGCACCACCCUCAUCGUUGCUCCCGCUGAUGACGCCGCCACCGUUCACGCUGCCAUCCCCGGUUCUCAGUCUGAUGGCCAGGGCGGAUUCACCAUUCCUUGCACCACCUCGACUUCGAUCGCGCUGACCAUGAACGGCACUUCCUUCGCUAUCGACCCCAGGGAUCUUCUGUUUGCCCCCGUGGACGCGAACGACCUCACAGGCGACUGUGUCUCCGGUAUCUCAAGUGGUAGCGUCGGUGGCGCCAACGAGUGGUUGGUCGGCGAUGUCUUCCUCAAGAACGCGUACUUCUCCACCAACGUGAACACCAACCAGAUCCAACUCGCCAAGCUCGUUUAGAGUUUCGAGGUUUUCUUGGAUCGGGUCGUGGGUCGUGCUUCCAGGGCUCUUCCGGAGAGGUUGCGGGUUUUGUGUCUUUUGCGUGUUAUGUAUUGCUGUGUACGAUGUUGUGGACCGGCUUCGCUUUUCGUGCUCGCUCAUAUGGGAAUUGCUGCUUCAUCUUUACUUAUUAUUUCCCUUUCUUUCUCUGUGCCCACUCACUGCUGGUGUAGACCUGGGUUGAUGCUUACUACUGUCGGUUGCGAUACUUGUACUGCGUCCAGUACGCGCGUCAUUUGUCUGUUACCUGCACAUCACAUUCUAACUAUCGGCCUCCAUCUUCAUACUGCUCGUCGUCAUGGGUUUGGGUACAGCACUUUUGCAUUCACAUGGAACUUGAACGUCUCGGAGGCGGAUGAUUGAUAGACCUCGACUGGUCGGCGGGAACGGAGUGUUGUACGCUUGUUUGCUCCCAAUGACUAUACUCGAGGUUGGAGGAA